AUGUCUUCGGCGACGCAGCAGCAGCCGCCACCGGCGGCGCCGCCGUACCGGCCAUACCGGCAGGUGCGCGCGGCGACCCCGCACACCCGCGCCAUCUCCUGCGUGCGGUUCUCCCCCUGCGGGCGCCUCCUAGCGACGGCCUCCCUCGACGGCACGGUCGCCCUCCUCUCCCCGUCCUCGCUCGCCGUCAUCGCCAACCUGCGCGGCCACACCCAGGGCGUCUCCGACCUGUCCUGGAGCACGGACUCGAAUUACCUCUGCUCCGCGUCCGACGACCGCACCCUCCGCAUCUGGGACAUCCGAUCCAUCCUCUCCGGCCCCAAGCCCGCCGACCCCAACGCCGAUCGCUGCAUCCGCGUGCUCAAGGGCCACACAAACUUCGUCUUCAGUGCCAACUUCAAUCCGCAGACCAGCUCCCAGGUCGCCUCGGGGGGGUUCGACUGCACCGUGCGCAUCUGGGACGUCAGCAGCGGCCGCUGCAUCCGCACCAUCGACGCGCACUCUGAGCCCGUCACCUCCGUCCACUUCAUCCGGGACGGAUCGAUCAUUGUGUCAGGGAGCCAUGAUGGGAGCUGCAAGAUUUGGGAUGCGGGAACUGGCUCUUGUCUCAAGACAGUCAUUGACGACGACAAGAAGCCAGCGGUUUCCUGCUCAAUGUUCUCACCGAAUGGCAAGUUCAUCCUCGUCGCUACGCUCGAUGACUCACUGGUAUGA